GCGCCGUCCGUCCCGCCCGGCUCCGCCGCCCCGAGACAUGAAGGUCGCUGCUGUCGCUCCUUCGCCGCUGCCCGCGGGCGCCGGCGGCGCGCUGAAGGCCGUGCGGCCCGGGGAGGCCGCCCGCUGCGGGCCGGUGCCGGGAGUGUCCGCCGGGGUGGCGGAGCAGGCGGCCGCCGCGCUGCUGUACGACAUGAAGGGCUGCUACUCGCGGCUACGGGCGCUGGUGCCGACGCUGCCGAGGCACCGGCGGGUCUCCAAGGUGGAGCUUCUGCAGCACGUUAUCGACUACAUCUGGGACCUGCAGCUGGCGCUGCAGUGCGGGCCCCCCCGCCCCGCCGCCGCCGGGGAUCCCCCCGAGGCUCCGUGCAUUCCCGCUGCUGACCGGAUCCUCUGCCGCUGAGACCGCUCGGGACCCGCCACGGACGACAUCCCCGGGACCCCGGCCCCGCCACGGACCUCGUUCGUCCCCGGGAUCCCGACCCCGAGCGCCACGGCUCGCCUGCAUCCCUGGCCCCCGGCAGCGCUGCCCUGGGGAUCCCCCCGCAGUCUGGGCAGGGGGUGCCGCGGGCCGUAUCCUUCCUUCUCAGAUUGCUGAGAGCAUUCCCCGUAUUGUAUAUUACAAUGAUGCUGGAGAAUAUUGUUCUACAAUAGCUGGAGUUUUGUUAUUAAACAAGCCCUGAUGACCA